GCUGUGGGAAAUACGACGUGAAAGGUACUAGAGCCCCUGAGGUCAUGGCGGCUACCGCCCCCAAGGCCGGGGGUUCAGCUCCUGAGGCGAUGGGUUCCGCCGAAGCUCCGUUGCAGUACAGCCUUCUACUUCAGUACUUGGUGGGCGACAAGCGUCAGCCCCGGCUUCUGGAGCCUGGCAGCCUGGGUGGGAUCCCGAGUCCUGCCAAGACCGAAGAGCAGAAGAUGAUCGAGAGGGCAAUGGAAAGUUGCGCCUUCAAGGCUGUGCUGGCCUGUGUAGGAGGGUUUGUCUUGGGAGGUGCGUUUGGCAUCUUUACUGCUGGCAUUGAUACCAACGUAGGCUUUGACCCCAAGGACCCUUACCGGACACCAACUGCAAAAGAAGUCCUGAAAGACAUGGGACAGAGAGGAAUGUCCUAUGCCAAAAAUUUUGCAAUCGUGGGCGCCAUGUUUUCGUGUACUGAGUGUCUGGUAGAAUCCUACCGGGGAAAGUCGGACUGGAAGAACAGCGUCAUCAGCGGCUGCAUCACUGGCGGAGCCAUUGGCUUCAGAGCCGGAGUAAAGGCCGGGGCCAUAGGUUGUGGAGGUUUUGCUGCUUUCUCUGCUGCAAUCGAUUAUUACCUACGGUGAAAGAAAUAGCCUGAAAGGAAGGAGGACACCAGCCAGCUUCAUAGCUGUUCUUUGGAGCAGUUUCUACACACUUGGCAUUGUUUCAGGAGUGAAGCCGAUUGUUGGUAGUGUGAAGGACCCACCUUGCUGCUCUCUCUCCAGACAUUGGGGCAACCAUACUUUUCUACUUCUGAAUGCCAAGCAGGUUUUUCAGGGCAGAUGGUAUGGCAGAUGGUCUCCUUGCAGUAUACAGAUCAGUAGGCCAUGUGUGGACUGUUAAAGAAUUAAGCUUGAACUAGGCUCAGCUCUGACCUUGCUCAGCUCUGACCUCUCUCAGCUCUCCAGCUGUCAGCAGGGAGGUGGCAGUGUUUGCCCAGAGCCAGGAAGUUCUUCUUUCUUCAAACUGUGCAGGCAUCCAUCGUGAGUUCCAGGGCAGGGCAAAGUAAACUUGUGUCAUGGAGGCAAUUAUGUAAUUUGA